GCCGUCAUUUUCCGAUCGGACUUUGCAGGGAUAUGAAACCCUUUAAGAAGACCGACCUCUGACCUUUGCGGGGCUGCAUCUCGACUCCGUAGCUGGGCUCUGCCUAGGAGAAAAGUUGCACGAGCGGGAUUAGACGUCGAGCAGAUGGAGGCCUACUGAAGGUUUCUUUUAAAAGAAUGGCUCGCCAAGCAGCUGGGCAUCUCUUGGCUGCUCUUCAGUUCAUCACGUCUUUCACAAAUAUAGCGUCCGAAGCCGUCGAUCUUCGAAAAGGGAGACACUGCUCUUAGCGUCUUGGUCCACUAGUACAUGGGGCAUACGGGAUUAGCCAGCCAGGAUGGUUCGGCAUACUGCGAAGAAGGACCAUGAACGCCAUGAAAAUGGACACGAAUCAAGCGAGCAUAUGGUCCCAUGGUUCGUCUCUCCUAUGAAGAGCUGGAAUGAGGAAGUCGGAGCUUUCUCGCCCCGGAAUGAAGCGUCGAUAUUGGAACUCUUCUUCGACCUUUUCUUCGUUGCCAAUCUCGCAACCUUCACUUCGCACCAUGCCAUAACGAAUAUGUGGAAUUUCUGGUCUUAUAUCGCCUUCUUCUUCAUUCUCUGGACCACGUGGUUCCAUGUCGUCUGUUUCGACUCACGAUUCGCAUCGGACUCAGUGACUGAGAGGACCUUCAAAGCCAUCCACUUCUGCGUCUUUGCCGCCUAUGCUCUUGUCGGUUAUAAAUUCCAGCCUAUAUCCGUGGACCCAGAGAAGGACACUCCGCACUGGAUCUAUCGGUUGCUAUGUUGGGCUCUUUUCUCCAGUCGCUUUACAAUGGGCGUCCAAUAUCUCAUUACGACCAUCUUUUGCUCGACGCGCAACAACCGACGGCUUCAGCUUACUUUACCCCUGGCGAUGUACACCAUGCUGUUCUUCGGUGCAGCUGCCGUGUUUGCUGGACUUUAUGCCGGCUUCCCAAACAAACAUACUGCUGUCGCUGGAGACAUUUCGGCCCUAUAUGUCGUGAUCAUUCUCGAACUCGUCGGAAAUAUUGCCAUCUCUAGCUUCUGGGGGAAGCUCUCGUUUAAAGCCACGCAUAUCGCAGAGCGGCUUGGGCUGUUGGGCUUGAUCAUCAUCGGCGAGGGUGUUAUCGGAACAACCAAGACCGUUACUCGUAUCAUGGGGAGGAAUGGCGUGUACUUUGAAGGAUGCGCCCAGAUAUUCUGCAUCCUUGCGAUUCUCAUCUUCAUAUGGACCCUCUACUUCGACAACCUUCCAAAACGGCGCUUCGGAUCCGUCAAGCAGCAGUUCUGGAUGGCGCUCCAUUUCCCCCUGCACCUUGCCAUCCUCGGUAUCGGCGAAGGCUCGCAACAUAUUACCCUUGCGCGCUACAUAUACUCAUGUGCCGAGAAACUCGCACUUAACACCUGGUACGCCUGCGUCGGCGAUCAUCUCGAUGGCGCCCAGCUAUCUAGCAACCUCACCAGAAGCAUUGAUUACUUCAAGAUCAACGAGUCCGCGCAAGGUGACGAGGCGCUUCGACUGGUCUACGAUCAGAUAUACUUCCUAGGAAACCAGUCCGGCGUCUGCUCGCCAGCUAAUACGUCGAAUCUAAACAACGGGCAACUCGGCGUCCCUCUCUCCUUCAGGGAAUUCUUCAAGCGCGGCGUCUCAGCCAUGUUCCAAGCCUUCGAUCUCGACAUCCCCCAAGAAGGCCAAGUCUACGGUUUCCAAAUCGCGGCCCACUCCUGGAUCGUCGUGUACACGUACUUCUGGUCCGCCAUCAUCCUCCUGUUUAUCUGCCUGACCGCCUCAUCGCUCCUCGCAGAUAGAGGGCGCAGCUUUCACUGGAACCGAUUCCAGUGGGCGGCUAUUGGCACGCGGAGUUUCAUGAUCGGUUUCUCUAUCAUUGCGCUAGUACUGGGACUGACCAGUUAUAGCUGGAUGUACAACUACUUGCGGUCUUCGUGGGUGCUGCCGACAGUGGUUAUGCAGCUUUGCAUUGUUUGUUUGGGCGACCGCGUGUCGAGAGUGCGGAGGAAGAAGCAAGAGAGCAAGGCCUUCUGGGCCUUAUCUGACGAGGGCCAAGAAACAGGGCGUGGUGGCCAGCAGGAGCCGGAGCCGGAGCCGGAGUCAGAGCUAGAGCAUACUAAUGCUUAUGGCUAUCGCUCAUCGAGGCUAUUUUGAGCGGGACAGAAUGACGGAGCAUGACUCACGAGACACUAUUCUUUAGAAGGAUUGGCCCAGGGCGGUUGUACUAUGUAGGUUAAUUUGAAUGACUAUAUUCAGGUUUCGUUUAGGG